AUGGCCCAGCACAUUCUACGGCUGGAAAAGUGGAAUCCGGAUGAACUCACUUGGACAGAAUGGUACCAGAAGUUCGAAAACUACAUUGAGAUGACCGGCGUCCCUGAUGACAAGAAGGUCAACCUUCUGCUGGACUCCCUAGGUCCGAAACCAUUCAAGCGCCUGGUGGCCGUAUGCCUUCCGGGUAAACCUAAAGAUUUCCCAUUGGAUCAGCUGCUCGAGAAGUUACGUAUCCGUUACACUUCCUUCACCUUCCGGAAAGUUCAAAUUGCAAAAUUCUUCAAGGUGACCCAGACUUCCAGUGAAACCUUAGAAGACUUUUCGGAAAAGCUCCAAGACGCGACAGCCUACUGCCAGUUCCCGUCCACAGUGCUGGACGAUAACCUCUGCGCGGCCUUCAUCAACGGUCUCCAGAACGAGAGUACCCGCUCUCACCUGAUGACCCAUGACCUUCAAUCGUUCGAAGAAACGUUAGAACGCGCAAAGAAGUACGAAGCGGGCCGGAACGAAGCGAAGCAGUCCGGAUCCCGUGGCGAUGCCGACAAUGAUGUCCACAAGGUACAAGGCAAAAGGGCGUUCCGUCGCACCCCGAAAUCCGGUUACAAAUGCCGCAGUUGUGGUUCCGACAGCCACCAACGCGACGAGUGCAAAUUCCGAAACGCCACAUGCAAUCAAUGUGGGCGUAAAGGUCACAUUGAGAAAGCCUGUGAAUCCCAUGGAACGAAGUAUGUCUCCGUGGAGAAGUCGAACAGUUACUAUGACCUUUCUAUUCUAUAA